AUGGACGACCACAUCUACAUUUUACCUCACGUAGCAUGGCGAGCCAUGUUUAUGGCAAUCGGCAUUAACCACAACAUGAUUCGACUCGAAGAUCACGUCGAUGGGAGGGCUGCCUGGACGCCUUUGGAGUAUUUGAAGAAAGUCGUGGCGGCGGGAGGAGUUACGCCGCCUAUUCAUUAUCGGUCACCAUCGCUUGAGACCAUUCUCCGCGUCGACCGGGAGCUCGGUGAGAUCUCUCCUUUUGAUGCGCAGUCUUCGAGUGAGGAAGGAGCUCGUGGCGGAAAUGGUGUCGAUGAUGGCAGGACGAGUGUGAGACAGGACACUCCGGCUCAUGCAUCGAGAGACGCGGACAUGCGAGAUGCCGAGCAGAAAGAUAAGAACGACUAG